UCAAAUGCCAGAAUUGUUGACAGUGGAAGAAGUCAUCGUGCGCCACUGCUUUGACGCGGUACCUUUUGAUUACAGCGACGGUUGCCGACAUUUCACAAAAAAGCGCCGCAUUUUCGAACGCCUCCGCAUACUAGCAGUGGCGUACGAUGAGUUUCGCUACUGUCAUCAAUUUGGUAUUCUAUUAUAGACCAAUAACAAGUGGGUUUACUAUUUGUUGGAAUUACAAAUUUUCGACUGUUAUACCUCAGCCAUUAUGGAUGCCUUUCAAGUAUAUUUCACCAAUUGCAAGGUAAUAGCCUGUUCUGAAGGUUAAGAGGAAUGUCGAAAAAGUAUUUGAAGGAAUUAUUUACGAACAAAUCAUCGGAUUCAUUGCGAGAAAGAGAUUUUUCACCAAAUUUCAAGCUAGAUUUAGG